GUUCGGCGCGCGCCAACUCGCUACCUCGGCCUACCAGCCCGUCGCCCUCAGUGGCCAGCGAGAAGAUGGAAGUCGACAUUCAGGAAAAACAAGAGAGAGAGGAGGAGGAACGCAAGAGACGGAUCCAGUUAUACGUUUUUAUAUCCCGAUGCAUAGCAUAUCCGUUCAACGCAAAACAGCCGACGGAUAUGACACGCAGACAGAUGAAAAUAACGAAACAUCAGCUGGAAAAUAUCGCACAGAAAUUUCAAGCUUUCCUCAAGGGUGAAACGCAGAUCAUGGCGGACGAAGCAUUUCAGAACGCAGUACAGAGCUAUCACGAUGUGUUCCUGAGAUCUGAACGGGUUGUCAAAAUGGUGCAAUCGGGGGCGUGUUCGUUGUACGACUUUCGAGAAGUAUUUCGAAAUAACAUCGAGAAACGAGUAAGAUCGCUUCCGGAUAUGGAGGGUGUUACGAAAGAGACCGUUUUCACGUCCUGGAUGGCAAAAUUUGAUUGUAUAUUAAAAGGAACAGGUGAUGAAGAUUCAAAGAGGCCUUCUAGAAUGCAACAAUCUCUAAAUAGUGAAUUAAUACUAUCUAAAGAACAGUUGUACGAUAUGUUUCAACAAAUUUUAGGAGUAAAGAAGUUUGAACACCAGUUGUUAUUUAAUGCGUUAUUGUUGGACUCGGCGGAUGAACAAGCGGCAGCCAUACGUCGAGAAUUAGAUGGAAGAAUGCAAAGAGUAUCGGAAAUGGAAAAGAAUAGAAAACUUAUGCCUAAAUUCGUCUUGAAAGAGAUGGAGUCAUUGUAUAUAGAAGAACUUAAAUCAUCCAUAAAUUUACUUAUGGCAAACUUAGAAUCAUUACCCGUUUCAAAAGGUUCUAUGGAUUCAAAAUAUGGCCUGCAGAAGCUGAAACGAUAUAAUCAUCGGUAUGUCUCACUCAAAGGUACUUCAUGUAGGUCGCAGGGAUCGCUUGCGAAACUUGAAGGAGAUUCAGCAGACGGUGAUACACAAUUAACUAAACUAGAUGUAGUUCUUACUUUUCAAUUAGAGGUUGUGGUUAUGGAAGUCAAGGGGUUGAAGUCGUUGGCCCCAAACCGUAUUGUUUAUUGCACAAUGGAAGUUGAAAAUGGAGAAAAGCUUCAAACCGACCAGGCAGAAGCUUCCAAACCCAUGUGGGAUACGCAAGGCGACUUUUCAACAACACAUCCGCUUCCUUAUGUUAAAGUUAAAUUAUACACAGAAAAUCCUGGGAUGUUGGCCUUAGAAGAUAAAGAAUUAGGAAAAAUCAUCUUAAAGCCAACACCGCUUUCGUCAAAAGCACCCGAGUGGCAUAGAUUGACAGUACCCAAAAAUCUUCCCGAUCAAGAUCUACGCAUCAAGAUCGCCUGUAGAAUGGAUAAACCACUAAAUAUGAAGCAUUGCGGAUAUUUAUACGCCUUAGGAAAAUCUAUUUGGAAAAAGUGGAAGAAACGUUACUACGUUCUUGUGCAAGUAUCACAAUAUACGUUUGCAAUGUGCAGUUACAAGGAGAAAAAAUCCGAACCAUCAGAAAUGAUGCAAUUGGACGGGUAUACGGUAGAUUAUAUUGAAGCGUCUAGUGCAAAUCUGAUGGUCGGAAUGGAUUUAGAAGGCGGUAGAUUUUUUUUCAACGCCGUUCGAGAAGGCGAUAGCAUAUUAUACGCCAGCGACGACGAAAACGAAUGCCACUUAUGGGUCAUGGCAAUGUACAGAGCUACAGGACAAUCACACAAGCCGACACCUCCGGUCACAUUACAAGACAAAAAUUCAACAAUAUCGAAGAUUCGAGGAGAUGCCGACCGAGCGAGGAAGCACGGUAUGGAGGAUUUCAUAUCGGCUGAUCCUUGUACUUUCGAUCAUGCGUCUUUGUUCAAAAUAUUACAAAAUCUGACACUGGAAUAUCGGCUAAACGAUCCUUACAGCUCAUUAGGUUGGUUUAGUCCUGGUCAAGUAUUUGUUUUGGACGAAUAUUGUGCCCGAUACGGCGUUCGAGGCUGUUACAGGCACUUGUGCUAUCUGUCCGAUUUACUUGACAGAGCUGAGAAAAGUGUCAUGAUUGAUCCGACUCUUAUACAUUACUCAUUUGCUUUCUGUGCGAGUCACGUCCACGGCAACAGGCCUGACGGUGUAGGUAGCAUAACAAACGAAGAAAAAGAAAAAUUCCAGGACAUAAAAGAAAGGCUAAGAGUUUUACUAGAGCAUCAGAUAACAAAUUUUAGGUACUGUUUUCCGUUCGGGCGGCCCGAAGGAGCUUUGAAGGCAACAUUAUCCUUGUUAGAACGAGUAUUGAUGAAAGAUAUUGUAACACCUGUUCCUCCGGAAGAAGUCAGAGGCAUGAUUAAAAAGAGUCUGGAAACCGCUGCAUUGGUCAACUAUACGAGAUUGUCAUCAGAAGCAAAGAUAGAAGAUGAUCUGCGGGGCGAGGUUAUGGUGCCGCCUGCUAAGAAGUUGGAGGACCUAAUUCACUUGGCUGAACUGUGCGUCGACUUACUGCAACAGAACGAGGAGCACUACGCAGAGGCCUUCGCCUGGUUCAGCGAUUUGCUGGUGGAGCACGCAGAAAUAUUUUGGUCGCUGUUUGCAGUCGAUAUGGAUCGCGUCUUAGCCGAACAAAAUCCUGACACAUGGGACUCGUUUCCGUUGUUUCAAAUAUUAAACAAUUAUCUAGCGACAGAUGAUAAUUUGAAAAAUGGAAGAUUCCAUCAACAUUUGAGGGACACAUUUGCUCCUCUAGUUGUUCGUUAUGUCGAUUUAAUGGAGUCCUCUAUAGCUCAAUCAAUUCACAAAGGAUUCGAAAAAGAACGAUGGGAAAUUAAAGGAAAUGGCUGUGUGACAUCAGAAGAUCUAUUCUGGAAACUCGACGCCCUACAAUCCUUCAUAGCAGAUCUCAAUUGGCCCGAUACGGAAUUCAGGCAACAUUUAGAGCAACGUCUAAAACUAAUGGCAUGCGACAUGAUGGAAUCCUGUAUACAGCGUACAGAAAAUGCUUUUCAGCAAUGGCUGAAGAAAAGCGUUACAUUUAUUUCAACCGAUUACAUCCUGCCGAGCGAAAUGUGCGCCAUGGUGAACGUCAUUCUUGAUGCCAAGAACCAGAGCUUCAAGUUGUGCGCAGUCGACGGCGUUGAUGUCCAUCAAUACCACACGAAAAUUGAUGAUCAAAUAGAUAAAACCUUAGCCAAUAUGAACCAAGGUAUGAUCACGAAACUGAUGUCCGUUUUAGAAGCAUCAUUAUCAAAAUUAUCUCGUUAUGAUGAAGGCAGUUUAAUAGGAUCCAUUCUAAGUUUCACGAAUGUUUCCGGAUCUGGCAAGGAUCUAGGGCAAGGAUAUGUUAAUUUUACGAGAAAUUGUAUGGAUCAGAUCAGGUCAAAAGUCAAUGACGAACUGUGGAUUCUCAAUUUCUUCGAGCAAUGGUACACCAGUCAAAUAAAUAUGCUGUGCAACUGGCUAUCGGAGAGAUUAGAUCAUUCGCUGCACUAUUAUCAAUGUACAUGUUUAGCUCAUAUAGUCAAGAAAGUAUAUUCUGAUUUUGAGCUGCAAGGCGUGAUGGAAGAUAAAUUAAAUUCCAAAGCUUACCAAACAAUUUCUCAACGCAUGCAAACUGAGGAAGCGACGUGUUCACUGACUAUGUCACAGAGACCGGACGACUCAGAGGGCGGAGGCGACAUGGCCGACAGUGACGACAGAGCCAAGAAGGCGACCCAUGGUGAUGAAGAUGGCGAAGGUCUCACCUCGAACAUCAGCAACGUGACGAACAUGGUCGUCGGACGAAUGGGCAGCAUGUUAGGCAAAGGCAUCGGCGGCCUCAGCUCGAAACUUGGAGGCGGUUCGAGCUGGUUCUAAUUACUACUUCAAACUUAUUCCUCUCUCUCGAUAAUAAUACUUGAUUACUUUCUUAUUCAAUUCGAUAAUUCAAAUUUAGUCAUAAUUAUACUAUAUAGAUUUACUGAUUGUCGG